AUGGAAACUAAAAAUACAACCGAGCUGGAAGAGUUUGUUCUCUCGGGACUCACAUAUCAACCAGAGUGGCAAAUUCCCUUGUUCCAGGUGUUCUUGGUUAUGUAUCUCAUCACAAUGGUGGGGAACCUUGGUCUGAUUUNGAACCUUGGUCUGAUUGCUCUCAUAUGGAAUGACCCUCAGCUUCACAUCCCCAUGUACUUAUUCCUUGGGAGUCUGGCAUUUGUGGAUGCUUGGUUAUCAUCCACAGUAUCCCCCAAGAUGUUGGUCAACUUCUUUGCCAAGAGCAAGAUGAUCUCUCUCUCGGAAUGCAUGAUACAGUUUUUUUCUUUCGUAGUCAGUGCGACCACAGAAUGUUUUCUGUUGGCAUCAAUGGCAUAUGAUCGGUAUGUGGCCAUAUGCAAACCAUUACUUUAUCCAGUCAUUAUGUCCAAUACACUGUGCAUCCGGCUAAUAGUUUUGUCCCUUUUUGGUGGCCUUCUUCAUGCCAUAAUUCAUAGUUCUUUUUUAAUCAGAUUAACCUUCUGUAAUACUAACAUAAUACAUCACUUUUACUGUGACAUCAUGCCAUUAUUUAAAAUUUCUUGCACUUAUCCUUCUGUUAAUAUCCUCAUAGUAUUUAUUUUUUCUGGGUCAAUUCAGAUGCUCACCAUUCUGAUAGUUGUUAUUUCUUACACAUUAGUUCUUUUUACAGUCUUAAAAAAGAAGUCUCUACAAGGCAUAAGGAAAGCCUUCUUCACCUGUGGAGCCCAUCUCUUAUCUGUGUCUUUAUACUAUGGCCCCCUUCUCUUCAUGUAUGUGCGCCCUGGAUCUGCACAGGCAGAUGAUCAAGAU